AUGGCUCCCAAGCGCCGCGGCAGCAAGGUGGUGAGCUCCGUGGUGAAGACCAAGGUGGUGGAGGAGACCGUGGAGGUCGCCACCACCAUCCUCCCCGCCUCCCAGUCCCAGUCCCAGCCCGACUCCGCCGCCCAGGAGGAGGACCUGCAGCAGCCGGAGGUCGUCGACGUCUCCCGCUCCCGCGACGUCCACGUCGAGGUCGUCACCACCCCCGACGCCCAGCCCACCCACGGCGCCAAGAAGCAGCCCGCCUCCAAGAGGGGCGCCGCCAACGCCAAGCCGCCGGCCGGGCCGCUGGUGGUGCCGGUCUCGCCGUCACCACAGGAGCAGGAGGCCCAGCCGGCGGAGGAGCAGCAGCAGCAGCGCAAGAAAGGUGGCGGCAAGACGCCGGCGUCGCUGCAGAGCCAGGAGACGCAGGAGAACCCCUACGCGUACCAGGACGAGACCACCAAGAAGAGGCCUGCAGAGGAGGACGACGGCGCUGAGCCUAAUAAGCCGGAGGGCCCCGAGACGCCGACGCAGAAGAGGUCCAGGACCGAGGGCAAGGCCAAGACGCGCAAGGCGGAGGCCACGGCGAGGAAGAAGCUGUCCGCGGCGGCGGGCAAAGGAAAAGGCGGGCGCCGUCGUCGUCGUCUGGGAGGGAACAACGUCGACAUGGGGUACAAGGCGUACGUGUACCGGGUGCUGAAGCAGGUGCACCCGGACCUGGGCGCGUCGGGGAAGACGAUGCAGGCGCUGGACAUGAUGAUGGCGGACAUGUUCGAGCGGCUGGCGACGGAGGCGUCGCGGCUGGCGCAGUACGCCGGGCGGGCCACGCUCACCUCCCGCGACGUGCAGAACGCGGUGCGGCUGGUGCUCCCCGGCGAGCUCGCCAAGCACGCCAUCUCCGAGGGCACCAAGGCCGUCACCAUGUACAUGUCCUGA